AUGCACAUUUCAACACCCACUCUUUCCGACGUGCGAUCAGAAAACAGCCUCAGCUUCAGUGGCUCACGUAAUGGACGCAGGGGUGUUGACGCCAGCAAAUUCCGCACGCAACCGUGCCGUAAUUAUCGGUUCGGUGCGCAUUGCUCGUUUGGGUCCCGUUGCGCCUUUUCACAUGGUGAGAAACCCGACCUUCCGCCACCACCUCCAUACAGCGCUGCUGUGCAAAAUGAAAUGGUUCUCCCACCCGCUUAUGCCUCACGCUUCCGCCAUGAUCCGUACAGUUUUUACAGCGUAAGGUUGGAGGAUUGA